AUGCCCCGCCCACUCGCGCCCGGUGACGUCAUCGCCUCGCCGGACCCCGCCCGCGCCGCGCCCGGUGACGUCACCGCGCCCUCGGACGCAGCCGGUGACGUCACCGGGCCCUCAGGCCCCUCCCACAAACCUGCUGAUGACGUCACCGAGCCCCCUGAUGACGUCACCACCCCCUUAAACCCCUCCCACCGCCCCCCUGAUGAUGUCACCAAUCCCCCCGAUGACAACACCAGUCCCUCAAACCCCUCCCACCACGCACCUGAUGACGUCACCGACCCCUCCAGCCCCUCCCACAAACCUGAUGACGUCACCGACCCCUCCAGCCCCUCCCACAAACCUGAUGACGUCACGGGCCCCUCAAACCCCUCCCUUCACCCCUCCGAUGACGUCACCGAGCCCUCCAGUCCCUCCCACCACGCACCCGAUGACGUCACCGACCGCCCUGAUGACGUCACCGACCCCUCUGAUGACAUAACCGACCGCCCCAACGACGUCACCGCCCCUUCUGACGUCACCGCCCCCUCUGAUUACAUCACCGACCCCUCUGAUGACAUCACCGACCCCUCCGACCCCUCCCACAAACCUCCCGAUGACGUCACCACCCCCUCCGAUGACAUCACCGACCCCCCCAGCAAUUGCCCGCGCCGCUUCCCCUCGGCCGCCAAGCUCGCCGUCCACCGCCGCUCCCACACCGGCGAGCGCCCCUUCUCCUGCCCCCAGUGCCCCAAAACCUUCGCCGACCCCUCGGCCUUCCGGAAACAUCUCCGCGCCCACGCCGGGCUCCGCCCCCACCGCUGCGGCGCCUGCCCCAAGGCCUACGCCGAGCGCAAGGACCUGCGCAACCACCUGCGCGCCCACACCGGCGAGCGGCCGUACCUGUGCGCCGAGUGCGGCAAGAGCUUCGGCCGCUCCUCCUCGCUGGCCUGCCACCAGCGCAUCCACGCCGCCGCCAAGCCCUUCCCCUGCCGCGUCUGCGGCAAGGCCUUCACGCAGCUCUCCUCCUUCCAGAGCCACCAGCGCGUCCACACCGGCGAGCGGCCCUUCCUGUGCCCGCAGUGCGGCCGCACCUUCGCCGACCCCUCCAGCUUCCGGCGGCACCAGCGGGCGCACCAAGGGCUGAAGCCCUACGGCUGCGGGGAGUGCGGGAAGGCGUUCCGGCAGCCGGCGGAUCUGGCGGUGCACCGGCGGACGCACACCGGGGAGCGGCCGUGGCGCUGCGGCGACUGCGGGAAGGCGUUCGUGGCCUCCUGGGACCUCAAGAGGCACCGGCUGACGCACUCCGGGGAGCGGCCGUGGCGCUGCGGCGACUGCGGGAAGGGGUUCGGGGAGAGGGCGGCGCUGGGGAAGCACCGGAGGACGCACUCCGGGGAGAGGCCCUUCGCCUGCGGGAGGUGCGGGAAAGGCUUCGGGGGCGUCUCGGGGCUGAGGAAGCACGAGAGGACGCACGGGAAGGAGGAGGAGGAGGAGGAGGAGGCGGGAGGGGGCGUGGCUGGGGGUGGGGCGGAUGGGAAAAGCGGCAACAUGGCCGCCGGCGGGAGCAAUAUGGCUGCCGGUGGGAGAAAUAUGGCCGCCGGUGGGAGAAAUAUGGCCGCCGGUGGGAGCAAUAUGGCCGCCGGUGGGAGAAAUAUGGCCGCCGGCAAUAUGGCGGCUCUUGGGGUGAGCAAUAUGGCUGCCGGUGGGAGCAAUAUGGCCGCCGGUGGGAGCAAUAUGGCUGCCGGUGGGAGAAAUAUGGCCGCCGGCAAUAUGGCGGCUGUUGGGGGAAACAAUAUGGCCGCCGGUAAUAUGACGGUUGUUGGGGUGAGCAAUAUGGCCGCCAGUGGGAGCAAUAUGGCCGCCAGCAAUAUGGCCGCCGGCAAUAUGGCGGUUGUUGGGGGAAACAAUAUGGCCGCCGGUGGGGGAAAUAUGGCCGCUGCCAAUAUGGCGGUUGUUGGCAAUGUGGCGGUUCUUGGGGUGAACAAUAUGGCGGCCGGGGGGAGCAAUAUGGCCGCCACCAAUAUGGCGGCUGUUGGAGGAAACAAUAUGGCCGCCGCCAAUAUGGCGGCUGUUGGGGUGGGCAAUAUGGCUGCCGGCAAUAUGGCGGCUGUUGGAGGAAACAAUAUGGCCGCCGCCAAUAUGGCCGCGUCCAAUAUGGCCGCCACCACCACCAAUAUGGCCGCCGGUGGGGGAGACAAUAUGGCCGCCACAAGUAUGUCCGCCAUGUUAGAAAACAAAAUGGCCGACGCCAAUAUGGCCGCCGCAAAUAUGGCGGGAAUCCCGGUCUCGGAAAAGAAAAUGGCCGACGCCGACGUGGCCGCCAUGUUGGAAAACAACAUGGCGGACGCCGACGUGGCGGAGCUCAACGUGGCCGCCGGAUCCAAGAUGGCGGCGGGGCCCCGCCCCUUUUCCUGCGCGCUCUGUGGGCGGAGCUUCGCCUCGGGGGCGGGGCUAAGACGUCACCAGCGACGUCAUGGCCCCGCCCCCACGGGCACGGCGUAAGCCCCGCCCCCUUUUUUUUGGCGGAAGCGGGCGUGGUUUGGGUUCGUGGGCGUGGUUUGUGCGUGGCCACGCCCACUUCCGGGUCACAUGGUGUCAAUAAAC